AUGGGUGACAGCCACUACCUCUUCAUCCAUUGCCUGUGGAGCCACAGUAGCGGUCUGGGCGUGGCUGGGCGCCUUGGCCCCAUGACGACGGCAGAGCGCGCCAAGCCAUGCGCAUGCGCCCGAUGCCGAGCCCGACCGCGAGGCUCCCGGAAGUUCCCAGAGCCGGAAGCUGCCUGCGGCUCGGCUUCUCUAGCUCCUGCCUGGGGGUGUGCAGCUCAAGGCUUUCGGCCUUGCGUAGGUGUGGGAAAGGGCCCUCGGGAGGGAGGGGCCGGUAGACCUCUUGGGGAGCAGCCGCCAGAGGCCAGUAAUGGCGUCGGGUGUGCGAACCAAGCAGAGUUGGGUGGGACGCCCGAGGAGGCCUCCUGGACCGGGGUUGAAGCUGUGCAGUCGCUGGAGGCCCUUCAGUUAGAGAUGGAGCCCGUGAACAACCAAGCCAGGACGGCCUUUGCUUGUUUGAGGCAGAACCUGGUGCAGAGACGUAGGACUCUUCUCGGUCACCGAAGGUCCAUCAUCCAGGGCAUCCCUGGCUUCUGGGCCAAAGCCAUUGUGAACCACCCCGAGAUGUUGGCCAUGAUCAGCGAUGAAGAUGAAGACUUGCUUAGCUACGUGAUCGACUUGGAGGUGGAGGAAAUCAGGCAUCCCAUUCACUGCUGCAAGAUCAUGAUGUUCUUUCGGGACAACCCGUACUUCCGGAAUAAAGUGAUUAUUAAGGAAUAUCUCAUUAAUGUCACCGGAUAUACGGCAUCUCAUUCCACUCCAGUUCAGUGGUAUCAGGAUUAUGAACAUGAGGCUUAUAGCCGCAGGCACCACAACAGCAGUGUUAACUUCUUCUUCAACUGGUUUUCUGACCACAACUUUGCAGGAUCUAACAGGAUCGCUGAGAUCAUCUGUGAAGACCUAUGGCUCAAUCCCCUGCGGUACCACAUGAGGAUGCAGGUGCCUGGACAGGGAACCGAGAGGGCA